AUGGAAAAUGUUGUUAUAAAUAUGCAAAAAUGCUCCAUAAAUUUAAUAACUGUUAUUUAACUUUAAAUAUAAUUUCAGGGAAAUAUUAUAGCACAUUGUAAAUAUUUAUCUUAAGAAAAUUGUGAAGUUUGUAUUAGAGGGGAAUGUUUAGAAUCAUAGAUAAUAAUACAUCCUUUUGAUAUAUAUAUUACAAGAGUAGAUUAUAAUUUAUCAUCUGAUUUUAAUAUAAUACAAUUCUCUUGCAUUUUAUAUUGUAAUAUUUGCAUCAAUGAUUAUUGUUUGUAAUGUGCAUAAGGUUUUUAUUUAAAUUAAAUAAAAAACUUAUGUGAAACAUAUUGUGUAGACUCUAUUUUAUAAGGUAAUGAAUAAUGUGAUGAUGGUAAUUUGAAUAAUUAUGGUGGUUGUUCAAAUUGUAAAUUAAUUUAAUAUUAACUAUGCGAUGAUACAAUAGAAUUAUCAAAGUAACAUUGUUCAGUAAGCCAUUUAGGCAAAUUUUUAAAUGUUAAGAUGGUUUUCUAGAAAAUGAUGUUUGUAUUUCAAUUUGUGGAGAUGGAUUACUUAAUUUAAUAGAAGAAGAAUGUGACAUUAAAGAAGAUUAAGGAUGUAUAAAUUGUAAAAUUUAGAAAGGAUACAUUUUUGGAUAAUUAAACUUUUCUAUUUUUCGUACUUGUGAUAUAUUAAUGCACUAAAUGCACAACAUUCAAUAAUAUAUCAUUAUUAUGUCUCUCAUGCAUAGAUGGUUCUUAUCCAAUUGAAGAUAAAUGUUUUUAAUGUGAUACAAAUUGCAUUACUUGCAAUAAAUAAUCCAAUAUGUGUAUGUACUUCUUGUUUUAGAAAUGAUUGUAAUUUUUGUGAAUCUACUCCUGGUCUAAUUGCAGAUAUUAAAUCUAAAUAAUGUAUAUCAAUUUGUGGAGAUGGAAUUUAAGUGUAAUUUUAUGAAUAAUGUGAUGAUCAUAACUAAAAUGAUGGUGAUGGCUGUGACUCUUAAUGUUAUUUAGAAUAUUUUAAUGAGGAUCUUAAAUAAAUUAAGAGUUAUUAUGUAUUUGAUAAGAAUACAUAUGAUUUAAAUCUAAUUAAUAUUUCAGAACAUAUUAUACUUCUAUGCAACAAUACAAAUGUUAUUAUAGAAAAUAUUGAAUCAUAAUUUUACACUGAUACUUCCAAACAAGUUGAUGGCUUAACUUGUAAAUUAUAAUUUCAUUUCAUGAAGUCUGUUUUAAAUUCAAUACAAUUCAUGUGAAAAUAUAAUAUUCCAAAGUCACCAAUAGGAUGCUUUAUGAAUAAGAUAGUUUAGUAUUUCAUUUUGAUAUAGAUCCAAAUUAAUAUAUUGUUUUAAGCGAAGAUGAAGUAAUAUUAAAAGAUUAAAUAAAAACUGUUUAAUUAUCCUUUAAUUUUAUCUUUCUUAUUUUAAUACCAAUUUCUAUUGUUACUAAUCUUUUUGAAUAUUAAUGGGCGGUAUUGGAGAUAUUAAGUUGGAUCAAUAAUUUUUACUUUCUUCAUGUCAAUUAUCCUUUUAAUUUAGAAAUAUUUUUAUUAAAUUGUGACUGGUCAUCUUUCAUUAGUUUUCCAACUUAUCAAGAAUUGAAUUAACCUGAUUGUAAUUACUAUUUUGAAGCUCCCAAUCAAAUUUAAAAACAAAGGAAUUGA